UAUCUGAAUUGAUCAGACAUUUGCCUCUGAAUAGUUAAGCAAUAUACUAGCUCUUAAUGGUUCAGACCUCUUACUGGUUCAGCACUUAAUGAUUCAGACCUCUUACUGGUUCAGCACUUACCCAUUCAGAAGUUGCCAAACAGCCCCUUAAUAUGUAUGGAUUCCUACUUCAGACUGUUUGUUUCAGCCUCUUAAUGGUUCUGAUGUCUGAAUGGUUAAGAGAGAUUUGCCUCUGAAUGGUUAAGUAUUAUACAGAGUCUGAAUGGUUAAGACCUCUUAUCUGAAUUGAUCAGACAUUUGCCUCUGAAUAGUUAAGCAAUAUACUAGCUCUUAAUGGUUCAGACCUCUUACUGGUUCAGCACUUAAUGGUUCAGACCUCUUACUGGUUCAACACUUACCUAUUCAGAAGUUGCCAAACAGUUCUUAAGUCUUACUUACUUAUUUUUAAACAAGUUUUUUCGUAUCUUCAUUUUUACCGAAUUACUUACAAAAUUAUUUCUCAUCUAUUAUGAAUUUCCUUAAAUGACUUAUAUAUCAUUUAAGUCAUUUAAUCUAGAUGAAAGAAAUUUUAAUUUAUAAACAAUUUAUAAAUUAAAAAUGAUUUAUAAGCAAUAAAUCAAAAAAAAUUAGGAGAGCUCACAUUCAUUUGAUGGGUACAAGUUGCAAAAGAGAACAAUUCGAAUUUCAAACCUCAAAAAGAGGGGAAUCCCCAAAUCGAUAAAAUUUCCCUGCACUCAAAGCCACUCUUAAAGCCUUGUUUGGCUACCGGCAUAAAUCCCAUUCUUUCCGUUCCUCCCCCCUUUGCACUGCACUCUACUAAUUUACAGGAGUGGAGUGAAAUGGGCGAAGAAAAGGAAAUGGAAAACGAGGCCAAUCCGAUCCUUGACAUCAAUGGGGUUCCCAUUCAUGGCGGAAAAUACACUCAGUAUAACGUGCUUGGAAACCUCUUCGAAGUCCCCUCCAAGUAUGUCCCUCCUAUUCAACCCGUUGGCCGCGGAGCUUACGGCAUGGUCUGUUGUGCUACAAAUUCUGAAACAAAGGAAGAGGUUGCAAUCAAGAAAAUUGGAAAAGCAUUUGAUAAUAGAAUUGAUGCCAAAAGGACUCUCCGAGAGAUCAAACUUCUUUGCCACAUGGAUCAUGAGAAUGUAAUCAAAAUUAAAGAUAUAAUACGGCCACCAGAUAGAGAGAAGUUUGAUGAUGUUUAUAUUGUCUAUGAGUUAAUGGAUACUGAUUUGCACCAGAUAAUACGCUCUCCCCAGCCACUCACGGAAGAUCAUUGUCAAUAUUUUCUGUACCAGUUAUUGAGGGGGCUUAAGUACAUUCACUCUGCCAAUGUUCUGCACCGGGACCUCAAACCCAGCAACUUGCUGCUCGAUGCAAACUGUGAUCUUAAAAUAUGUGAUUUUGGGCUUGCUAGAACCACAUCAGAGGCAGAUUUUAUGACAGAGUAUGUUGUAACAAGGUGGUAUAGGGCUCCUGAGUUGUUACUCAACUGCUCAGAGUACACUGCAGCAAUUGAUAUAUGGGCAGUGGGGUGCAUUUUGAUGGAAAUUAUUAAAAGAGAACCUCUCUUUCCUGGCAGAGACUAUGUUCAGCAAUUGUCCCUUAUCACUGAGCUAUUAGGUACCCCAGAAGACUCAGAUCUCGGGUUCCUUAGGAGUGACAAUGCUCGGAAAUAUGUAAAACAGCUUCCUCCUGUUCCAAAACAAUCAUUUUCUCAGAUGUUCCCGGAUAUGCCCCCCUUAGCCAUUGAUCUUGCAGAGCAGAUGCUGGUGUUUGAUCCUGCAAAACGUAUAACUGUUGAGGAUGCCAUGAAUCACCCAUUUUUAUCAAGUCUUCACAAAAUCAACGAAGAGCCCACUUGCCCUUCUCCCUUUGUCUUUGACUUCGAACAAGCAACUCUAGACGAAGAAGACAUAAAGGAGCUCAUAUGGAGGGAGGCCCUAAAGUUCAAUCCAAUCGACGAAGAGUUGAGAAGUUGAGAUCUCAUCCUUUUUUAGGCUUUGUUUUGUUUCAUCACUGCUGGUAAUGAUUUUAGCUUCAGAAAGGCGAGCUGAUUUGUAAUGUUGUUGUGUUGAGAUGUUUCGU